CCUACUUAUCAGACUACAACAUAAGCAAGUAUAAAUCACGCACACAUACAUAUGAACAUCGCUAGUAACAAGACCAUGUUAAGGAUCAAUCGCUAAUAAUAAUGAGGUUAAUUUUUAAGAGUGCUUAUAGUUAUGUCUAAAAAAUGUCACACAGAAGGAUGAAUGUAACAUGAGAUGAAUGUGGCAUUUUUAAUUCCUUCUUUCAUUCAUUCUCUCUUCUUGUCUGCUAUUGCUUAAUGACAGCUCCUUGAAGUUCACUAAGUAAUUUUCUUGAAUUUGCUUUUAUUAAUUAUCAUUUUGCAAAUAAAAAAAAAAUCAUUCAAAUUGCAUUUGAUAGUUUCUUUAAUGAACACCAGUCCAACAUAUUCAUUGCAAAAUAUCUGAAAAAGAAAGCCUGCAAAUUCAUGCUCUAAAAACUAGAACUGGGAAUGUCGCAUUUUUAUCAUAAAAGUCAAACAAACAAAACAAAACAAUGUAUCUGCUGAAAAUUGUUUCAUUCUUUGAACGCUGCAAACAUAAAUUUUCUCAAUUAACUCAGAAUAAGAAAUUCUUCCAAGCAGAUGUAAAUUAUUCAGUCAUUUAGAGUAAUUUUUCCUCCAGUAGGAACAGGAUCUUCAUAUGCAUAUCAAGGGAUACACAAUGUAAUAAAACUCAUUAAAAAAACAGAUUGCAAUUAUUAUGCCAUCAAUUCCAAUGAGCAAAAAGAAUCAGGAAGCUAAAAAACCUUCUAUCCAAACAUUUUGCCUUUAUAAGGUCUAUGUCAAUUGCAGUGCUCUGCAAACAUUAACAUUAAAAAAAAAAUAUCAGUAAAACAGUGUCCACGCAAUAAAUGUAAAUCAUUAUAUCUAAAACCCACUGUGUUAGAUACUUUAAAUAAAAAGUAAUACUUUCUGUUUCAACAAAUGCUAUAGGGAGAGCUUUAUUUUGCAGCAAAACAAAUAAUUUGAAAAAGAAAUAAAGACAAAACAAUCCACAAGAAAAUAAAUACAAGGAAAAUUCAACAAUAGGAAAACCAAGAGGAGUGCCUCAAUGUCUACAGCAUAAAUUAUUAUUUGCCCCCUUCAACUCUCUGGCUUUCUUUCUUUCCAUCAAUUACUAUUUUUCUUCUCCCCCCUACACACACACAACCCCAGCUCCCAUCCCUUAAUUUUAGCACAUUAGCUGUGAUUUAAUAAUACAAAAAUGUUGAAUAUACCUGUGUAUGUCAAUAUCAUAACAUACUUCAAACAGCUGCAAAUUUUAAUCAUUGAUGAAUUUCUUACAGCCAGGUAUCAUAUCUGAUGGAGGACAAGUCCCUUAAAGCAGCUUUACACACACUGCAGAGGUGAGACAUCGGGUUCCCUUCAACAUUGCAAAACAAAAUGCAACAGUUUAAUGCAGGCGCUCCAAGCAACAGCUUUCAGCGAAAUCAGGGUGGCAGAGCUCCUUCAGAAAACAGCGCAUUAUUGGACUACACAUAUGUGGAUGAGACAGUGUUAGUUGAUGAAGAAUUCCCACAAGACACAUGCAACACAAGAAUCUACAACAUCAGAGAAUUAUUGGAUGAAGUUUGUGAAGUGGCUUUACAAUGCAGGCCUUUUCCGACCCUGCUAGAGAUCUUAGGGACAGAACUGGUGGAGUGUAUACUCUGGAGAAAAGGGGCGUUACUCUAUAUGUAUUGCCACACACUGCAGUCACAGGAUCGCUUGAAGCAGGAACUGGCACAGUAUAAAAAGUGUCUUGAAGAUGGAGUAAACUUCCUUGAAGACAUGUUGAAGGUCAGGCAGCCUUCAUCAUCUUGUCAGCCAGCACCUGAUGACACAAUGCAGCUGCUUAACCAAGGUAUUUUCAGUGAUACACAUUUGCUGGCCAUGAUUUAUGCGGGAGAGAUGUGUUACUGGUAUUCUUGUGCUCAAGAGAGAGGACUGUUUCAUCAAGAUGAUCAGCAUGACAGUUUCACAGCCAGGCAUCGAGGGCUAAAGCAUCUGAACAGCUACCUUUGUGCUGUAAAAGGACCACUCAAAACUCUUAACUGGAAUGCUGAGAAAGCUGAACACUAUGUAAGCUAUCUGUCAAGAGGUCUACAACAAUAACAAACAUUACUUAGCUUAACUGAUGAAAAUGUAUGGUUAUAAUAAUUUUUAGUUAAUGUAGACCAUUUAACCCAGUAAGUACAGCUUUAAAGGAUUUUUUAUUUAUUA